AUGGCGGAUUGGACUAUGCGCUUACCUAUGUCACCGUUUCAGAAAGAUUUAUCGACGUCGAAUUUUCUUGCCUCACUAUGCAGCCCACUGUCAUCCAGCCUGAGUAGCUCUGAAUCAUGUUCCAGCAUAUCUUCCGAAUCGUCCGCUUCUUCCAAUUCCUUGACACCAUCAGUUCAGUUUGUUGCCAGUAAACAGUGUCAAGCGUUGAUUCUGAGUCCAGUUCGAGUCGCUAACUUUUUCGCCACUCGAAAACGACUUUACAAGAAGGAUGUUCGGCGACAGCUCGCCAGUGAAGGAGCAGCAGCAGCCUCAAACGACGGUCAAGAUAUUAAUAACAAUAGCAAUAUAUCAUUAGGUGAAGGUGGUUUCGGUGCAGUGUUCCGUAGUUCGUACAACAAUCACGAUGUGGCCAUCAAACAACUCUAUCAGAAACGACAUUCACCAUCGUCCGACUUCGUUUCGCUUUGUGCUGAACUGAACGCUUUUCGACUACCACCAUCACCUUAUGUUGUGCCGAUUCUUUCAUUCACAUCAUCCGGUACUUCCAUUCAGGCGAGUUUUUCGUAA